AUGCCAAAACUCUCAAAGCAAAAGCGUCAUUUAUACUCACAAUUUCAACGAAUUGGGAUUCAAAAAAUUCUUGAAAAAAUUGAUAAUGACUCUCUUCCAAUAGUUCAUAACACUCUUACCAAUAUUGCGAUAGGCGCCCCAGAAGAAGGGAUGUUUCAAUCAAUCCCAAAUGCAUUAAAGCUUUUUACUUCAAUGCGAAAUCCAAAAGGAAAGCAUGCUAAUGAAAUUAUCUCACCUUAUAUGCAAAAAAAAGCACUCGACUUUAUUAUGGAUCCUCCAAAAAAUCAAGUCGCCCUGAAAUAUAGUAUAGGUGGGCAACUCUGA